CUCCCAAGCAUGAACGCCCUCCGAACGCAGUCGGCUCGGUCGCUUGCCAAGCAGGUCAACGCGAGGUCCACCUCGGUGGUCCAGCGGGGCUUUGCUUCGGCCAGCCUCUCGCGAACCCCGCAGGUCUCGACGGCGACGCUGGCCAAGCCCCCCUCUGUCCCUCGUCCUCCGAUUGCUGCCCUGAGCCUUGCGACCCGCGGCGCGCUGCGAACGUACGCCUCGGAAGCGGGCGGCAAGUUCGUGCGCGACAAGCCGCACAUGAACAUCGGCACCAUCGGCCAUGUCGACCACGGCAAGACGACGCUGACGGCUGCCAUCACAAAGGUUCUCUUUGAUGCGAGCGGCAGCGGCAAGUUUGUCGACUACAGCUCCAUCGACAAGGCUCCCGAAGAAAAGGCGAGAGGUAUCACCAUCUCGACUGCUCACGUCGAGUACGAGACCUCGAACAGGCACUACGCCCACGUUGACUGCCCGGGCCACGCCGACUACAUUCGUAACAUGAUCACCGGUGCCGCUCAGAUGGACGGUGCCAUCAUUGUUGUCUCCGCCACGGACGGCCAGAUGCCGCAGACGCGCGAGCACCUCCUCCUGGCCCGGCAGGUGGGCAUCAAGAAGCUCGUCGUCUUCAUCAACAAGGUGGACCAGGUCGAUGACAAGGAGAUGCUCGAGCUCGUCGAGAUGGAGAUGAAGGACUUGCUCUCUACCUACGGCUUCGAUGGCGAGAACACGCCGGUGGUGAUGGGCUCUGCCCUCGCGGCGCUGGAGGACAAGACGCCCGAGGUGGGAAAGGAGGCCAUCAUGAAGCUGAUGGCUGCCACGGACGAGUGGCUCGACCUGCCUCCCCGAGACCUCGAGAAGCCGUUCCUGAUGCCCGUCGAGGAUGUCUUCUCCAUCUCGGGCCGCGGCACCGUCGUGACGGGCCGUGUGGAGCGAGGAAAGAUUGUCAAGGGCACCGAGGUGGAGCUCGUGGGUCUCGGCAGCAGCUUCAAGACGACGCUGACGGGCAUCGAGAUGUUCCACAAGGAGCUUGCCGAUGCGCAGUGCGGCGACAACGCCGGCAUGCUGCUGCGUGGUGUGAAGCGCGAGCAGAUCAAGCGCGGCAUGGUCCUCGUUGCGCCGGGCAGCAUCAAGCCCGUCAAGAAGUUUGAGGCCAGCGUCUACAUUCUCACAAAGGAGGAGGGCGGCCGGUCGACGCCGUUCCAGAACAACUACCGGCCACAGCUCUUUGUCAGGACCACCGACGUGACGGUCAGCCUCACGCACCCGCCCGAGGAGAAGGACGCAGACGAGAAGCUCGUCAUGCCCGGCGACAACGUCACGCUCCUUGGCGAUCUCGUGCACGACGUGGCCCUGGAGGAGGGGAGCCGUUUCACCCUCAGGGAGGGUGGAAAGACGGUCGGCACGGGCAUUGUUUCGAAGAUUCUGGGCUGAGUGCUUGAGAAGUAUCCGUCUAUAUUGUACCAACGACCAUCACCACCUCUCAUUCCUGUUUCUCUUCUAUCUUCCGCGACGAUGAGUGCGGGAAGAUGGGUUCUAAAAUUUUAAUAUAGCGAAUUGUAGACACACAUGAG